AUGCAGUUAUCGACGUACGGUGAGGAUAGCGCGCUGUACGCCGCGGCGUACAGCGCUGCGUAUCUCUUGGUGGCGACGGUGUUAAUCUUGGCGAACAAGCACUUGAUCACGGAGACGACGCUGAACUGUCCGAUAUUCAUCUCGAGCUUAGGGUCGUGGUUCGGAUGGCUCGUCGCCGCGAUCGCGAUCGCGCAUGAUCCGAAGAAGAUGUCGCACCGGUUGACGCUCGGAGAGUGGUGCGCGAACAUAUUACCGAUCGGGUUCUGCACCGCGCUCAGUUUGGCGGCAGCGAACGUGGCUUACUCAUACCUAUCGCUGUCGUUCAUACAAAUGUUGAAAGCUUUCGCGCCCGUGGUGUGUUACGCGACGUUGGUUGCGUUUGGGCUCGAUCGGUUUAGUGGAAGGAUAGCGACGACGCUGAGCGUCGUUAUGAUAGGGUGUUUUGUCGCGGCGUGGGGUGAGGCGCACGUGACUGCUUUUGGGUUAGGGUGCAUGCUCACCGCUGAAGUCGCGGAGGCGUUUCGAAGCGUCGGAGUCCAAUACUUGAUCGCGAAUAGGAAAUUUUCCCUCUUCAACGGCAUGUACUACUUCUCGCCGGCGACUUUGGUCUUCAUCAUGGGUCUGAGUUUGGUGUUCGAGCGCGAGGAGUUGUUUCGGUACGAAAACGGCUCCGUCUUCGCAAAGUACUGGUACUUGAUCGUGAUCUGCGCGACGUUCGGAUUCGCGGUGAAUUAUGUGUGCCUCGGUGUCGUCCGCCACGCCGGCUCACUCAUGGUGAAAACCAUGUCCCAGCUAAAGAACGUCGCCGUCAUCGUCGCCGCCAUGUUCAUGUACGGCGACGAGGUGAGCACUUUAGAGUGUGUUGGCUACGCCGUCGCCACCGCGGGAUUUAUCGGGUUCAACCUUGCCAAAGCGAGAGAUAACGUUCAGGUCCGAGAGCUCGUCGCGAGAAGAGACGCCGAGAGCGACGCGCGUUCACCCGAGCGCGUCUCCCUCUUACGCCAGAAGAGCAACGCACCACCAUUGUAA